CAGGCGCGUCCCGGCUGGGAAGAUGAAGCGAGUGUUUUUUCUUUCAGAAAAGUCUUUGCUUGGUUCACCAGUGCAAUUAACCUGGCAGAAGACUUUAGGAAAUUUUCUUGCAGUAACGGGUGUUGAUCACACUGUAAAAAUCUUUGAUCGUCAUGGUCAGAAGAGAAAUGAAAUUAACCUACCAGGCAACUGUGUUGCCAUGGACUGGGAUAAAGAUGGAGACUCACUAGCAAUAAUUGCUGACAAAUCUAGUACCAUUUAUUUUUGGUAUGCCAACACAAACAAAACAAGCCAGAUGGACAGUGGCAUGAGGGACUCAAUGUCUUUCUUGCUUUGGUCCAGAGUUGGAACCUUACUUGCCAUUGGAACAACUAAAGGAAACUUACUUAUUUAUAACUGUCAGACUUCUCGAAAGAUUCCUGUUCUUGGUAAACAUACCAAGCGGAUCACAUGUGGAUGCUGGAGUACUGAAAACCUCUUGGCACUAGGUAGUGAAGACAAAACAAUAACUAUUAGCAAUCAGGAAGGUGAUACUAUAAGACAGACUUCAGUGAGAUCAGACCCCAGUGAUAUGCAGUUCUCAGCAAUGAAGACUGAUGAAAGAAUAUCAACCAGAGAAAGCACAAUAAGUGUGGUUGUUGGCAAGAAAACAUUGUUUCUUUUUAAUUUGAAUGAUCCUGAUAACCCAAUUGAUCUGGAAUUUCAGCAGCGUUAUGGCAACAUUGUGACUUAUAGAUGGUAUGGCGAUGGCUACAUUAUGAUUGGCUUCUCUCGUGGCUGUUUUGUGGUCAUUUCUACACACAUUCGAGAAAUUGGUCAAGAGAUCUUUCAAACUUGCAACCAUAAGGAUAAUCUAACCAGCAUUGCAGUAUCACAGUCACUAAAUAAAGCUGCAUCAUGUGGAGACAACUGCAUUAAGAUCCGUGACCUGGCAGAUCUGAAAGAAAUGUAUGCUAUAAUAAAUCUGGAUGAUGAAAAUAAAGGUCUAGAUCAACUGGCAUGGACAGAUGAUGGGCAGUUGCUGGCAGUGUCUACGCAAAGGGGAUCCCUCCAUGUCUUCUUGACAAAACUUCCAAUCCUGGGAGAUUCUUACAGCACACGGAUUGCAUAUCUCACUUCUCUUCUUGAAGUUACUGUAGCCAAUCAUGUAGAAAAGGAGCUACCAAUCACAGUUUCUGUUGAAGUGGAGCCUAACUUUGUGGCUGUUGGCCUCUGUCAUUUGGCAGUUGGAAUGAACAAUCGGGCUUGGUUUUAUUCACUUGCAGAAGAUAGUGUAAAAAAACUUAAAGACAUGGAGUAUCUCGGGACAGUAGCCAGUAUGAGUCUUAAUUCUGACUAUGCUGCUGCACUCUUUGAGGGUAAAGUCCAGUUGCAUAUGAUAGAAGGUGAAGGUUUGGAUGACCAAGAAGAGCGAGAGACUCGACUCUUCCCAGCAGUAGAAGAUAAAUGUCGAAUCUUGUGUCAUGCUUUAACUGGUGAUUUUCUCAUUUAUGGUACAGAUACUGGUGUUAUUCAUUAUUUCUACAUUGAAGACUGGAAGUAUGUGAAUGAAUAUCGGCAUACUGUCAGUGUGAGAAAAAUCUUUCCAGACCCGAAUGGAACCAGAUUGGUUUUCAUUGAUGACAAAGGUGACGGCUUUGUCUAUUGCCCAGUAAAUGAUGGUGUGUAUGAAAUUCCAAAUUUUGCACCAACUAUUAAAGGUGUCCUCUGGGAAAACUGGCCAACAGAUAAAGGUGUAUUUGCUGCUUAUGAUGAUGAUAAAGUGUAUACUUAUGUUUUUCAUAAGGAUAGUAUACAAGGGUCCAAAGUUAUUUUGGCAGGUGGCACCAAAGUUCCUUUUUCCCAUAAACCACUGCUGUUGUAUAAUGGAGAAUUAACUUGUCAGACUCAAAGCGGGAAAACAAACAAUAUCUUUCUUAGUACUCAUAGUUUCCUUAGAAAUUUGAAAGACAGUGGACCGAAUGAGCUGAAACAAAUGCUAUCUCAGACUUUAAUGCUGAAAAGGUUUUCUGAAGCAUGGGAGGUUUGCAAACUUCUGAAUAACCAGUCGGGUUGGAAUGAGCUUGCGAGAGCUUGCUUGCAUCACAUGGAGGUAGAAUUUGCAAUACGAGUCUAUCGCACAAUUAGAAAUGUUGGAAUGGUGAUGUCACUAGAGCAAAUAAAGGGAAUAGAAGAUCGCAGUCUUUUAGCAGGACAUCUUGCCAUGUUCACCAGUGACUUUAAUCUGGCUCAGGAUUUAUAUCUAGCAUCCACCUGCCCUAUUGCUGCACUUGAGAUGAGAAGAGAUUUGCAGCAUUGGGACAGUGCAUUACAGCUGGCUAGACGUUUAGCUCCAGACCAGAUCCCAUUCAUAUCAAAGGAAUAUGCUGUGCAGCUUGAAUUUACGGGUGAUUAUGUGAAUGCUUUGGCACAUUAUGAGAAGGGAAUCACAGGAGACAAUAAGUACCAGGAACAUGAUGAAGCUUGCCUAGCAGGAGUAGCCCAGAUGUCUGUUCGAAUGGGAGACAUCCGUCGGGGAGUAAACCAGGCCAUUAAACAUCCUAGUAGACUGCUAAAAAGAGACUGUGGAGCUAUUCUGGAGAGCAUGAAGCAAUUUUCAGAAGCUGCCCAGCUAUAUGAAAAGGGACAAUAUUAUGACAAGGCAGCAUCAGUAUAUAUCCGCUGUAAAAACUGGGCAAAGGUUGGUGAGCUUCUCCCUCAUGUAUCAUCACCAAAGAUUCACCUGCAAUAUGCCAAGGCCAAAGAAGCAGAUGGCAGAUACAAGGAAGCUGUGAUGGCUUAUAAGAAUGCCAAACAGUGGGACAGUGUAAUUCGGCUAUAUUUGGAUCAUCUGAACAAUCCUGAAAAAGCAGUUAACAUUGUCAGGGAAACACAGUCUCUUGACGGAGCCAAGAUGGUAGCCAGAUUCUUUCUGCAGCUGGGUGACUAUGGUUCUGCCAUCCAGUUUCUGGUCAUGUCAAAGUGCAAUAACGAAGCUUUCACACUGGCUCAGCAGCACAACAAGAUGGAAAUUUAUGCUGACAUCAUCAGCUCUGAGAACACUACCAACGAAGAUUAUCAAAGUAUUGCACUAUACUUUGAGGGAGAAAAGAAGCAUUUCCAGGCAGGAAAGUUCUUUUUGCUGUGUGGUCAGUAUUCACGGGCACUAAAGCAUUUUCUGAAAAGCCCAAGCACAGAAGAUAAUAUGGCUAUAGAAAUGGCAAUUGAAACGGUGGGGCAGGCAAAAGAUGAAGCUCUGACCAACCAACUGAUAGAUUACCUUAUAGGGGAGAGUGAUGGCAUGCCCAAGGAUGCCAGGUAUCUAUUCCGCUUGUACAUGGCACUAAAGCAAUACAGAGAAGCUGCCCGGACUGCCAUAAUAAUUGCCAGGGAAGAGCAAUCGGCAGGAAACUAUCGAAAUGCACAUGAUGUUCUUUUCAGUAUGUACUCAGAGCUCAAAACCCAGAAAAUUAAAAUUCCUUCUGAGAUGGCUACAAACCUUAUGAUUCUUCAUAGCUAUAUUUUAGUAAAGAUGCAUGUUAAACGUGGUGAUCACAUGAAGGGGGCACGUAUGCUUAUCCGUGUAGCCAACAACAUCAGCAAGUUCCCAUCACACAUUGUCCCUAUCCUGACUUCAACAGUAAUCGAGUGUCAUAGGGCAGGACUGAAAAACUCAGCUUUCAGUUUUGCUGCUAUGCUGAUGAGACCUGAAUACCGCAAUAAAAUAGAUCUGAAAUACAAAAAGAAAAUUGAAGCGAUGGUCAGACGACCAGACACUUCUGAGGCAGAAGAGCCAACCACACCAUGCCCAUACUGUGAAUUCCUGCUCCCUGAGUGUGAGCUGCUCUGUCCUGGCUGUAAAAACAACCCCCCAUAUUGCAUUGCAACUGGUCGGCAUAUGGUAAAAGAUGACUGGACAGUCUGCCCGCAUUGCGACUUUCCUGCCCUCUACUCAGAGUUCAAAAACAUGCUGCAGAGUGAAAGCAUCUGUCCAAUGUGCUCAGAAAAAGUUAAUAUUGUUUAUCUUAAGAAAAUAAAUGACUGUACACAAUACCUCAAGCUGGAAGAAAUGGAGUAAUGAAUUCAUUCAAAGUAAGAAUAAUUUGGUCUGUGAAGUGCUCUGACAUAAAGGAAGCCUCCCUACUGGAACUUCAGUUAACGUAGAUGUGCAACUAUUAAUGGAUUUUUUCCCCCAACAUGAUCUAAUACCAAGAUCACUGAUCUGUUCCAUAGUUUGUGAUACAUUUGUAAAUACGUAGCUUUUGAUAAUUUUUGUACUUUGAUUUACCCUGCUUUCAAUAAAACUACCUGA